AUGGGAUCAGCAGGUGUCUUUGCCAAGACAAUACUCAUCCCAGCCGCAAUCGCAUUCUCAAUCUAUAUCCUAGCCUCAUGUGUGAUAAUCCCCUUCUUCCGCCGCUACCACCAACGAUACUCGCAAUACCUCCCGCUACACAGUAUAUCGGCGCACACUCUCUCCCUACGCGAUCGCAUAGCCGAUAAAGUGAUGCAUUUCUUUCUUCCGUCUCGGUGGCGGUUGGGCGCACGCAUAGCCGACCAUGAUACAAUCAGCAUUGACGAUGAGGAAGGGGAGACCUUGGUUGGGAUGGAUAUGGAUUCUGUGAGGCGGGGUGCGCUGGAGGAACGGAGGCGUGAUACCAUGGCUGACACGCAGAGUCGUUUGAGUCGGGAUUUGGAGCAGGGCUUUAUGGAUGACAGUGAUGAUGAGAGGAGUGAGAAUGGACGGGGAGGGAGGCUUUGA